UUCAAUCGUGUAGCGGAUUGACUGUUGCAGGCUCUGUAUGUGGCGCAUGAGUAUGCGUUUCGGGAUGUAACGGCUGUAUCUCGGUUUAACGAUACUGAAUUUAUACAUAUAUACAAACAUAUAUAUAUGCACACGGGACUUAGAAGAUAGGAUAUCUUAGGAAAGCGGACACUAAGUAAGGGAGUUUACGACAGCACGGAGCGGAGGCAGAGACGGGAGCGUGGCAGGAGGGACGCUCUAGCAAACCCAACCGACACCGCACGCAGAAAUGGCGGAGCACCACGCAGCCAGCGACGGCAGGCACAAAGCGUCCACCAAUGCCGGGGGCUCGGUGCACGGGAACAGCCGACCCGGCGCCGCGGGUGGAGGAGGGGGCAAAGGAGGCCUGUCUGGCGGACUGACACAGCCAGCAGGGUGGCAGUCUCUACUCUCGUUUAGUAUUCUUUUCCUGGCCUGUCUGGCGGGAUUCAGCUCCAGACUUUUCGCGGUGAUCCGGUUCGAGAGCAUCAUCCACGAGUUUGAUCCAUGGUUCAACUAUAGAUCGACACAUCAUCUCACCACAAAUGGCUUCUACGAGUUCCUCAACUGGUUUGAUGAAAGGGCCUGGUACCCAUUGGGAAGGAUUGUUGGUGGCACAGUAUACCCAGGGUUAAUGGUGACUGCCGGCCUCAUCCACUACGUGCUCAACCUGCUCCACAUUACUGUCCACAUCCGUGAUGUGUGUGUCUUUCUGGCACCGGUGUUCAGCGGUCUGACCGCCAUCUCCACCUUCCUGCUGACAAGGGAGCUGUGGAACCAGGGUGCAGGUCUGCUGGCGGCCUGCUUCAUUGCCAUCGUCCCUGGCUAUAUCUCCCGCUCUGUCGCAGGCUCUUUCGACAAUGAGGGCAUCGCCAUCUUCGCCCUACAGUUCACUUACUACCUCUGGGUGAAAUCAGUGAAGACAGGCUCAGUAUUCUGGACUAUUGGCUGCUGUCUCUCCUAUUUCUACAUGGUGUCGGCGUGGGGUGGCUAUGUGUUCAUAAUCAACCUGAUUCCUCUGCAUGUGUUUGUGCUGCUGCUGAUGCAACGCUACAGCAGAAGAGUCUACAUCGCAUACAGCACUUUCUACAUUGUGGGUCUCGUACUGUCAAUGCAGAUCCCUUUCGUCGGCUUCCAGCCAAUCAGGACCAGUGAGCACAUGGCUGCUGCCGGUGUGUUUGCACUUCUCCAAGCCUAUGCCUUCCUGCAGUACCUGAAGGACAGGCUUACCAGACAGGAGUUUCAGACGCUUUUCUUCCUCGGAGUCUCUCUGGCUGCCGGCGUGGUCUUCCUCACCGUGAUCUAUCUCACAUACACAGGAUACAUCGCUCCAUGGAGUGGUCGUUUCUACUCUCUCUGGGACACGGGCUAUGCAAAGAUCCACAUCCCCAUCAUAGCGUCAGUGUCGGAGCACCAGCCGACGACAUGGGUCUCCUUCUUCUUUGACCUCCACAUCCUGGUCUGCACCUUCCCAGCAGGCCUCUGGUUCUGCAUCAAGAACAUCAACGAUGAACGAGUGUUUGUGGCCCUGUACGCCAUCAGUGCAGUCUAUUUUGCCGGCGUGAUGGUGCGUCUGAUGCUGACACUGACGCCGGUGGUGUGCAUGCUGUCAGCCGUGGCCUUCGCCAGCGUCUUUGAGCAUUACAUGGGAGACGACACAAAGAGGGAGAAACCCCCUGCUGAAGACAGCAGUGAUGAAGAUGACAAGAGGAAUUCUGGGAAUCUCUAUGACAAGGCUGGAAAGGUGCGCAAGCAUGUGUCAGAGCAGGAGAAAGCAGAGGAAGGUUUGGGUCCAAACAUUAAGUCCAUAGUCACCAUGUUGAUGUUGAUGCUGCUGAUGAUGUUCGCCGUCCACUGCACCUGGGUCACCAGCAACGCCUACUCCAGUCCCAGUGUGGUGCUCGCCUCGUACAACCACGACGGGACGCGUAACAUCCUGGAUGACUUCAGGGAGGCUUACUACUGGUUGCGACAGAACACAGACGAGCAUGCCCGCGUCAUGUCGUGGUGGGACUACGGUUACCAGAUUGCCGGCAUGGCCAACAGGACCACGCUCGUAGAUAACAACACAUGGAACAACAGUCAUAUAGCACUGGUGGGGAAAGCCAUGUCAUCCAAUGAGAGUGCAGCCUAUAAAAUCAUGAGGUCGCUAGAUGUGGACUACGUGUUGAUCAUUUUUGGAGGAGUGAUCGGCUACUCAGGGGACGAUAUAAACAAGUUCCUGUGGAUGGUGAGGAUAGCGGAAGGAGAGCACCCGAAAGAUAUCAGGGAGAGUGACUACUUCACCCCACAAGGAGAGUUCAGGGUGGACAAGGCCGGUUCACCAACUCUGCUCAACUGUCUCAUGUACAAGAUGUCCUAUUAUCGAUUUGGUGAAAUGCAGCUGGACUUCCGGACACCACCUGGCUUCGAUCGCACACGCAACGCUGAGAUCGGCAACAAGGACAUCAAGUUCAAGCACCUGGAGGAGGCGUUCACAUCGGAGCACUGGCUGGUCAGGAUCUACAAGGUGAAGAACCUGGACAACAGAGAGCCUCUGGACCACAAGCUUCGCAGUGUAGUGCCCAAGCAGAAGUACACCUCCAAAAAGACCGCCAAGAGGAAGCGAGGACACAUCAGGAACAAGCUCGUCCUGAGGAAAGGCAAGAAACUACAAAAGAAGUAAUGAUGAUGAUGAUGAUGAACUCUUCUAGGAAAACAAACAAAUAAAUGCGAAGAAACCUCUAACAACCAAUGAAGAAGAACACAGGGGCCAUUUGGUCUCAAGCGCUUCUCAUUAGGGCGCCCCCAUGUGUUGAGGAAGUUGAAGUGUCGUAUCUGGCUAGCUCCAGAACUAUUGUCCGUUUUAUCCUGAGGACCGCUGUCUUGCUUUUUUUUUUCUCUUGUUUUUGUUUUUCUGUUGUUUGUUUAUUUUUUUAAUUUGUACUUGAAUGUGUGGCAAGGUAUAGGGCUGCUCUACUUGGUUUGGCGUCUGUUAAUUUUUGUGGUACUUUUAUUAACUGCUUAUCAGUACGGGGGUUGGGUGAAGGGGAAACGAGAGAAGACUAGGAACAUUUGCACCAAAGACCCAUCGACCUUGCUCCAUGGCACAUGCGAACUUAUUACUGAGAGUGAGGAAGCGCAGGAGUGAAAGCUGAGGACUUUGUUCCUGACACGUGUACAGAGGACAGUAUGCGGUAUGGAGGAACGUUACCAUCUAGGCACAGCCCAUCUGUAAUAUUAACCUUUUUAUCAUCAUCAUCAUCAUUUACAUCUGCCUGGCUCCCUGACCCUUAUUUUUCAACAAAUUCUUUAAGAAAAAUUGGCCUAAUAUGUAAAUAUGUUAUGUAAAGAAAAUGUCUAAAAGGAUGGUAAUAUAUUGGACAAUGGUGUGGUGAUUUUUAAAUAUGCAGUUUUUGUUCUUCUCUUAAUUUCAUUAUGUGAUUGUUUUUGGAGGGGUUUUUGUUUCUUUUUGUUUGUUUUUGUUUUGUAUGACAACAAAUAGAACAGUGAAUGCAAUAAUUCUUGUACAGAGGGGCUUGAGAUUUUGUUGAAAGAAUGAAUGUGAAUUUUUACAAAGUUCCCCCCUCCCCCCUUUUUCAUGAAUUGCAUAGAUUGUAUAUUUCUGCUGCUAGGAUUUUAAAGACGGAAGCAAGCAACUGUGUGUAAAAAGUAGUGAUAAUAAAUUAGGCGGAGGGAGCUCUCUAGUUCAGUGAGCAAAGCCUAGUGCCUCAUCGCUGGUCAUCAUCACCUCGUUCAUUUGUGAUAGUCUACCUUGUUAACGUUUUGUUUAGCUCAUUAUGUAUCAAUGGGGCGGGUUGGGUGCUUUGACCAGACUGAUGCAGUGGAAACUGGAAAUUUUCAAGAUGUCUGGAAAUAGACAAUGGUGAACUGUGAAGAGGGGUAGUUGUACUGAAAUUAGAGAAGACAUGUUAACUGAGGUCAGGAAAGGUAAGAACUUCCAUCACUGUCUGAAACUUAAGGAUACUCUCGAGCUGUGUCCCAAUUCCAUACUGCAUACAAGUCUUAGGUAGUGAGUAUGUAGCUUAUUCACACUGUAGAAUUAACCGCUGUUCUCUAAAUAAGUCAGUGAGCAUUAGUACUUCAACUAGCUGUUAUUAUACAUGUCAAAAAAAAUAACAAAAAUGUCCAGAAGUUUCCCAGAGCCCAAUGUGAUGUAUUUCAAAAUUGUCUUGGUGAUGAACAAAAACAAAACAUAUUUAAUUCAUUAACAGAUAAACAACAAAUCUAAAAUGUAAAACAAGCAAAUAUCACUCAAUUAAAAAGCUUACCAAUUAAUUUUUAAUCAUUUCCCUUCAAAUCUAGUUUGUUCAUUGUAGAAUAAACAGCUAUUCUCAAAUAUGUCUGUAAGUGUGCGGGUGACAAACAAGUAUUUUCAUUAUCAUAUAUAAUCCGCCAAUUAUUUUCUCAAUUAAUUGAUUAUGUUUUUGUCUAUAAAAUGUCAUAAAACCAAAAAAAAAAACCUGUAACAGUUUCACAGGUGACGUCAGUAAAUGUUUUGUUUUGCCUGAUGGACUGAUAGAUGGUCCAAAACAGAAAAAUAUACAGUUUAGAAUGAGAGAAAAGGCCUUUCCAUUUGAGGAGCUGCAACAGACAAGUAUUUGGCAUUGAAAAAUGACUCAAACAAUUAAUUGAUCGUCUGCUUUGUUAAAGUACCUCAGAAUCAGUUCAAUAUUUGGUGCAUAGUGUAUACUUAGUAAUAUUAGUUUAUAGUAGAGCUGCAGCUAACAGUUAUUUUUGUUUUUAAUUGUUUGGAGCGUAAAAUGUCAGAAAAUACUUUUAGAAAAUGCCUUUCACAGUUUCCAAGUCCAAGAUGACAUAUUGUAAUUGUUUUUUUUGUCCAACCCACAGACCAACCACCCCCCCCACCCCCCCCACCCCCCACCCCAACUGAUGGUUAAAGCUCGAGUAUACAGAAUAGGAUUGGGACACAGCUCUAAUCAGCAGUAACCUUUGACGACUUCUCCUAUGGGCACUGCACUGUUCUUUGUGUUUUGGUUCCUACAGAUGCCAUGUGUAAACACUAAAGGAGUUUCUGUACGUGCACGCUUCAGUAACCUUUUUAUUUUUUAUCAAAUAAGUGACACAUCAAAAGACUAACACAUCAUACAACUGUACUUCUUUUUGUCACAUCUCACAAAAAGUGACUUUAUUAGUUUCUCCUCUUUAUUUUUUCUUGACACCUUUUUUUAAAAAAAAAAAUAGAAAAAACUUACGUGAAUCACUUUGUUCUCUUUGCUUUUGAUCUUCUCUGCAACUGUGUGUCACCAUUUCAGGCUUCAGACCUUUGACACAAUGCCACAUUGUUAUUCAGUUACACAACGCCUAAAACUGUGUCAUGUCCUUUGAUUUCUCAUUUGUCAAAAGGAGAGAGAUCAGACUAAGCCUUAAUGUGAUGUACAGUUUGUUUCCCUUUUGUUCAUUUUGUGUUCCUUUUUGAAUUAGGAACGGUGGAACAGUUCUUUCCUCUACUAAGUUCACUCAUUUCUUAGUAGCUCAGUGCCGUCUGUCCCCCACACCGUUCUUUGGUUUGAUGCAGUCCCUCCCCGCUUCUCUCUGCUCACCUUCAAAGUUUACAUUUUUACAUUGUUGUUCUGUUCAGCCAUCUUUAAAUACACACUUCAAUGAAAACAUCUGUGUAAGUUGUUGUUAUUAUGGUGUUCCCUCCCCUGCUAAAACUUUCUUAAGUCUUUACUGUGCAUUUACGAUUUUCCUGUGCAGAUCUGAUUUUUAAACCUAGAUGAAGACGGAGUGAACCACUUGAUGGCAGCAUUAGCCUUUGAAUGAAGAUACUUGCUUCUGAGUCUGCAACAGUAUGUACAAAAAAUGACCUAAUACACAGUGUGGUGAGGAUAAUUGGUGGUGGGUUUGAGUCGCAUGCUCGUCAUUGUAAAGACACUGAUUGAAAUCUUGGUAUGUGGGUAAAUAUUUGUUGGGUAAUGUAAAGCCUUACUUUAACAGAUAACCUCCUAAUGUUAAUAGAUCUUACUUAAGGCAUUUGAAACCUAGUUUCUCCAGUGGAGCUGAAUAGAACCUUUUUGUGAAGGGUUGUACUUGCAUGUCCAGUAUGCAAAGCAGCGCAAUACAUGCUUGGCAACCCUGAAUAAAACAUAAGUUGAAUGUGUGAAAGCUAGCAGCAGGGUAUCUGAAAGUCUUGAAAUGUCUUAAAUAGCACUGGCGUCAGUUUCCUCAAAAAAAGGCCUUAGAGGGUAUUUUUUUUAAAAAAUCUUAAGUUACAUUUACAGAACUCUUAAAUAUUUUCUCUCCCCUGCAGUUUUUUCUCAUGCUUUGUCCGUCCAUUGAUCCAAAACUCAAAGAUGUUUGAUUUAUUUUCCACGACAAAAGCGGCAAAUAUUUAUAAUCUGUGGCUAAAAGCAACAAAUGUUUGACAUUUUUGGCUGAACAAAGACUCAAAUGAUUAAUUAAUUGUCAGAAUAAGCUCCUUCUGAUGGAUUAAUUGGCAAAUAGUUGCAGGACUGGAAAUAAUUUCUGUUAUUCCACGAACUGCUGUCAGUCCAGGUUGCAUUAAUUAUAUGGUUUUUGUGUUAAACACUGCUAGGAAACACUAAAAGAAAAUGUAGGUCCAUACCAUCCCUGCUAGUUUUCCAUCAUCACCUUCAUACUAUGGCCAGUGUGAUGGGGAAACGGGUACAAAAUUGAAUCCAUGUGGUAUUAUAAAUGUCUUAAAUGACUUUGCUCAACACUGCAGAAACCCUGAUAAAGUAAUGACUUUUUACUGUUUUUCUUUACUGUUGUGUAGUUUAAUUUCUAACAUUUUCUAAACUGAUAACAAGUUUACAUAUAAAAUCUUGAUUGGAAAAGUUAACAAGUAACUAGCUAUUAAAUAAUGUAGGGGAGUAAAAGUAUCAUAAAAUACAAAUGCUCAAGUAAAGUACAAGUACCUCAAAAACAAACUUGCAUCGAAUACUUGGGAAAAUCUACUUAGUUACUUUCCAUCCUUGUUUAUUUGCCACAGUACAUUGUGACUGUUAAUAUACAUUCAUUGUUAACUGUUAACUCUUUCUUCUACCUUGUUAGCAUGUUGUCAGAGUACUAGUAUGCUAACAACAUGUGAUCGUAUAUAUAAAUUGCACGUAAACAUG